AUGGCGAAGGAAGCUGCCAGCCCGGGCAAAUCCAACCCGUUCCGACCGCUACUCUCGAGGGAGAGGGCGUUCAUUCGCAGUAACAUCAUCACUCAGUGGGAACAGGAAUGGAGAUCAGCCAGUAAAGGCGGCCAUCUCCGGAAGAUCGAUAACUCUCUGCCGUCGGCAUACACCAGGAAGUUAUACGGAAACCUGGCCAGGGGCCGGGCAUAUUUGUUGACUCAUCUACGCACGGGCCACAAUUUGCUAUCUGCGUACCGCAAGGGCAUCGGCUAUUGUGACGACGAUCAGUGCGUGUGCGGUGCUCAAGAGACAGUGACUCACGUGCUGGUUGAUUGCCCCAGAUUAAAACAUUUGCGAAGUAAGCUGAGACUAGAGGUCGGAGAUGCGUUCAGCAGCGUGUCGAGUCUGCUGGGAGGCUCAAAACAAGGUGAGAAAGGUAAACCAGACACCGUUUCGAGGGCGAAGACGGUUCAGGCCGUGUUGGACUUCGCCGAAGCGUCACAACGGUUUCGCAGUCGCGCGCCGCGAGGGCAGCCUAACAGUGGGAGCGGCAAUUAG